UAAAGGUCAAAUAAGGCCUGAUGCAUGCCCUUUGUUUAUUUAUGUUGAGUUCCCGAUCUACUAAUAAUCGCUUAAAAUCGGCAAAAUAUUGAACACACAAGCUUCCGAAUUAUUGCCGUACUUCAGUCUAUUUACGUCCGUUCUGGGGCUGAGUGCAGUUGAGAUUCGCAUUUCGCAGUUCCAAAAUCAAAGUGCUAUCAAAAUGAAAUGUCUUAUAAUUAUAUAUAUUAUCUUUAUAAGCCUAAUGCUGAUCGUAGCUGAAGCAGAGGCUAACGAAAAUGAGUCUUGUGUGGCAACCAGAAUAGCAGAGGAACAAUGUGGAGAGCACACCUAUAAGGCUGUGAGACCUUUAUUAAAGUAUAUUCAUCAGAUAAAGGAGGAAAUUGAAAACAAUAACAACAAGGUUGAAACCAAAGACAGAGAAAUCAAGCAACUGCAGGAGGAACUUAACCAAAAUAAUAAACAGGUCAUCGAGGAACUGAGAGCUCAGAACGAAUUCUACAAGCAGAGUAUCAAAGAGCUAACAAGCAACGUUUUGUCAAUAAAAGAGGAAAUUGGUAAACUUAUUUCCAAUUCCUUGAAAGUCCAGGACUAUGAAGAGCAGCUGAAGAAACAAAAGAAGUCAAUUGAUCAACAGGCCCAACAAAUAUCCGAACACAAAAAGGAAAUCAACAAUUGUGAAAAGAAGCGUAAAAGCUGCGAAGAGAAGCCCGUUUACGGUGAAUGCACCGAAUUUGCUGAUGCUCCGGGUAUUCAUAAGAUUACUCGGGAUCAAGAAGCUCCUUUCGAUGUACUUUAUGACAGUGCGACAGCAGGUCCUGGCUGGACGGUUAUCCAGCAGCGAAUCAACGGCAAGGAGGAUUUCUACAGGAAUUGGACCACAUACCGUGAAGGCUUUGGUUCCUUUGACGGUGACUUCUUCCUCGGCCUGGAGAGGAUUCAUCGCUUGAUGCGUGCCCAGCCUCAUGAGCUCUACAUAUAUAUGGUAGGAUUUGAUGGAGACAUCAGAUACAGAAAAUACGAUCAAUUUGCCAUUUCUGGCGAGAAGGACCAAUACACUUUGAUCACCUUGGGUAAAUCUGUGGGUAAUGCAACAGCUGAUCGCCUGCAAUAUCACAAAAAUCAAAAAUUCACCACAUUCGAUCGUGACAAUGACAAUUAUAAUUCUGGCAACUGCGCAAGCGAAAACAAAUUUGGAGGUGGCUGGUGGUACGAUUUUUGUGCACACAGCAAUUUAAAUGGCAAAUACUAUGAUCAAAAGGUGCUCCACACUGAUGCCAUAUUUUGGGAUUUUUUCUUCUUCUUGAAGACAGUCAAAAUGCUUAUACGCCCCAAAAGCAAUGGGAAAGAAAAUAAAAACUAAAUAAGUAUAGCAUUGAUUUAUAUUAAAAAAUAAGUUUUAGGUGCAUCGAAUAAAGAACCAAGUGAUGGAAUCAAUGGCUUCCGCCCACGGCGAGAAUCUUUAAGCUGAAGAUUAAACUUUCGUUAAUUAGACC